UUAAAGGUGGAAAAUAAUGUGGUGUAGGAAGAAAAAGAGGGCACCUAAAGCACUUUAAUUUCUUUGGCCCCAUUCCAUAUAUCUCUAAUCUCUUCUAUUUCUCCCCCAUGAUUUCAUUAAUAUCUCAUCAUCCAUUCCCAUUCCUAUAUAAUUCCCACUUCGCCAUUGACAAAACUUCUCAAACCUUAAAAGAUCAGAUCAGACAACGUUAAUAACUACCAUAUAUAUGAUGAUGUCGUCGGGGGAAGGAUCAUCAUCAUCAUCAUCCCGACAAGCUCCCCAGCAGCCACUGGUUCAACUGAGCCGGUACGAGUCGCAGAAGCGGCGGGAUUGGAACACGUUCGGACAGUACCUGAGGAACCAACGGCCGCCGGUGGCGUUAUCCCACUGCGACUACACCCACGUCCUAGAUUUCAUGGCCUACCUCGACCAGUUCGGAAAGACUAAGGUGCAUUUGCAAGGGUGCUUGUUUUUCGGGCAGGCCGAACCGGGCGGCCCAUGCACGUGCCCGCUGAGGCAAGCUUGGGGGAGCCUGGACGCGCUCAUUGGCCGCUUGAGAGCCGCCUUCGAAGAGAACGGCGGCUCGCCGGAGACCAACCCCUUCGCCAACGGCGCAAUCCGGAUGUAUCUCCGGGAGGUGAGAGAUAUGCAGGCUAAAGCAAGAGGGAUCCCAUACAAGAAGAAGAAGAAAAAGAAGACUACUAUUACUACUGCUACUACUACUAUGGAAGAAGAGACCAUAUGAUGCUGCCAUCAAGCAAUGAGAUUCAAUCUUCUUGAAUAGGGUUUCUGAGGACAAAAUGGUAAAAUUGCCAUAAUAUGCAUGCUUUUUUAAAUUAAUUUGCAAUAAUUUAAGAUCAGAGGGCAUUUUAAUAAAUUAUUGUUAAUUUUAAUUAAUGUAUGUCAUGAAGAAAUCAACCCUAAACUAGAGUUUUUAAAAACCCUAGUACGUACUUAUGUUGUUGCAUGUGUCAAUAUGUCAUGUCCCUUUUAUCAUUCUUGAGAGUAAACUGCAAAAGAUCUAAAAAUAUAAAUAAAUAAUGCAAGGUCUUUUUUUA